AUGUCCGCUUUCCAGAAACCCCAACAAGCGGCCUUGCUCGAUUGUGAUUCUACCCAGUCUCUGCAGGAUGGUGCCUCGUUUUCUAGUUACAGUCAUCACCCCUAUGUGUCGACUCCUCUUGUUCCCUCCCCAAUGGCCGACCAUGUGAGUCAGAUGUCGGAUUGUGUUCCAUAUAUGCCGAAGCAGGAAUACGCCAGCUCCUACGAGGAAGAACAGUCUCCCAUGAUCAGCGUGGACCACCGUCAGCUGCCAGAGGUUGUUUCAUACUCGCCUCAGAGAGGGUCCGAAGGCACGAGGGUCUUUGUGCAAAUCCAGUCUCCCUACGACCUCCACACAUCGCCCUACGUCCGACUGUACAUUGUCUUUGGUUCAAAGAAGUGCGAGUGCAACCCACACUUUCUGGGAUUCCAGGACUCUUGUUUUCAAUAUGCCCUUUCAGUCGACACUCCGGCAUUCAUGUCAACUGGGUCACCUUCCCUGGCAGUGCCUCUUCAGGUCUCCAUGGACAGUCAGAACGAAUGCCCUUCCGCAACUCUCCAAGUUGGCGUCUAUACAUAUGAGCAUGCCGGACAACAAUCGCCCUCGGAUGAAAAUCGGAAACGACGAAUCUCCUCCUUCUCUUCCGAUUCCCUCAACCGACCGAUCAAGCGAGCCUCUACUCUUCCGGUGCAAAUAAAGGAGGAGCCAGCGACGUAUGCACCGCCGUAUUCGCCGUACCUCCAACCCCUUCCUCCUAUGAGUGGGUAUGCUCCUUACCACACGAGCUCUUCACCUAGGGUGGAGCCUGCACAGUAUACGACUGCACCAGCACACCCACAGCCCGCUAUCCGCGCUCCAUCCCCAAUGACUCCUUCGUGGAGCCAGUCGUAUCUCUCGGUACCACACGAGCAGAAGACAGGUGGAUAUACAGUUGCCCAAAGCAUGUACCAGCCUAAGCCAUCCUCUCCAGCACGAUUCUCAAACCCUCCUCUCAUUCGGACUUCCACUCUUCAACACACCAGUAGUAUGGUACAGACUCAGUCCUUCAACCCAUAUGCGAUGUAUCCGUCGAAGGCGGUUCUCAAACUCAAUGGCGACCUGGACAACAUGGCAUUGAACUGGACACCCGAGGAAGUAGAGGCUAAGCGCCGUCUGGUCCAAUUCACCCGUGCGCAGAGUGGCAGCACAAUUCACACUGACUUCAAACCCGUCACCCCUGAAGAGCGCGCUCCAAACAGCAUUUGCAUUAGCUGUAUCUACUGGGACGGCCAAGAUGAAUGUUUCGUCACGAGUGUUGAUACAAUCUACCUUCUCGAGUCGCUUGUCGGCGUUCGCUUUACCGUGGAAGAGAAGAAUCGCAUCCGCCGUAACCUGGAGGGGUUCCGUCCGCUUACUGUGUCCAAAUCCAAGGCGGACAGUGAAGAAUUCUUCAAAGUCAUAAUGGGAUUUCCCGCCCCAAAGCCGAGGAACAUUGAGAAGGAUGUCAAGGUCUUCCCGUGGAAAAUACUCAGUCACGCCCUGAAAAAGAUCAUCGGGAAAUACUCUGCCAGCUACUCAUCCACCGCCGGGGCCCUACCUACUCCUAUUGGGUCUAACUAUCCGAGUACCGGUCCUGCAUCUGACUCUGGGACUGAGGCGAUGAAUGCAACCUCUCCUCAAUCUGUCUCCGAGGGCACACCGUCGAGCAGCUAUCACCCCAGCAUGGUACCUCCAGCGUAUUCCCCUCCGACUGAAGCCGACGGGCCUGUACGAACGAUCUUGCCUGCUGUCAGCCAACCAUACUCGACGAUGCCCGCACCUUAUGGCUACCCAGCCUUCUGCCACCAAGGUCAGCUUGCACAAACAAGCCCCGUCACCCGGGCCUGGGAGGUCAACUCUCUUGCCCCACCUUCAACCGCCAGCGGGAACCCCAGCAGCUACUACAUGGCUCCGAUGAACUACACGCUCCCAGGACCUCCUCACGGACACUGA